GCUGCGCUUCUGAAAUACGGCCGAGCUUUCUGAAAUACGUUACAGUGUAAUAGUGAAAUGCUUACGAGUACGUAGUUUUUGAGAGUUUACUUUGUCCGAUGUCGAUACUCGCAUUCUUUUAGUUCUAUUUACAAUUGUUUGCCCGACUUUUGAUUUUAACUACAAAUUUUGUGUCCUCGAGACUUUCCUGUCAUAAUCAGUGAGAAGCUACCGAUCGAAUAGCGAACGAUGGCAACUUCUUCGAAGGGCGCAAAAAGGCAGAAGUUGGGCAGUGGUGGACUAGCUGACGUGAUGAAACCGCCGUACAUUCCAUGAUAAGUUGUUGUAGUUUCAUGUACACGGACACGGUUGAUCAUAUCCAUCUUGAUAACGUUGUCGCCACCAUGAGCUGCGCCGAUAAAUACGAUUUGCCGCAGCUGACGCAGAUUUGCUCGGACUUCAUCGAGAGCCAUUUGAAAGUUGAGAAUUGUCUAUCCAUUUGGAAACAGGCUGUGGAUUGGCAUGUUGACAUCAUCAUGGAGUUGUGUGUGACGUUGAUGGAUGCGCACACUGCUGCAGUUCUGCAGUCGGAUGGAUUCACGGACAUUUCUCGGGAAACGCUGCAAGCCAUCCUGACACGCUGUCUGCGGAAGAACAUACGAUUUACGAGGCUGUCGAACGGUGGACAACGGCGGCCUGUGGUCGCAGCGCCGUGGAUGCUUCCGCCGCUAAUCGGCGUCAGGUACUGGGAGACGCGUUAUUUCGUGUACGUUUCCCGCUUCUGACCAAUGCGGCAUUGGCUGACGGUCCUCUCAAGACAAUCAGCCAUAAUCAAUUUGCUAACCUUUCUACUGUUGCCUCUACGGCAGAGCGGCC